AUGUCGAAGCGUAUCACUCAGCAAACUUACGGGGAACGAUCGAAAAACUAUACAAAUCCGGCAGCAAGAAGACUGCUGGAGAUUAUGGAUCGCAAGAAAUCGAAUCUUUGCCUAAGCAUCGACGUAACCACGACUGAAAAGAUUCUGAACAUCGUGGAUGCCACGCACGUCGACAUCAUCGAAGACUUCAGCGAAGAAUUUAUCACUAGACUUAGGCAACUCAGUGACAAAUAUGACUUCCUCAUCUUUGAAGAUCGCAAGUUUGCAGAUAUCGGGAAUACGGUCGUGCAUCAAUAUUCUCGCGGAAUACAUAAGAUUGCAAGCUGGGCGCAUAUCACUAAUGCCCAUCCUCUGCCGGGCCCAGGUAUUAUCACCGGUCUAGCUUCAGUCGGGCUUGCAUCGGGAAGGGGUCUACUUCUCUUAGCAGAGAUGAGUUCGGCGGGAUGUCUGGCCAAAGGAUCAUACACCGCCGCCGCGGUACAAAUGGCACGAGAGAAGAGGGAUUUUGUGAUUGGAUUUAUUGCGAUGCAGAGGGUCGAGACCCUUUAUCCACCUAUGGAUGUCGCGAAAGCGUCUGCUGAUCCUGGAGCUGUCGAGGACUUUUUAAUCAUGACGCCCGGAGUCGGCUUGGACGUUGCGGGCGAUGCAAUGGGUCAGCAAUAUCGCACACCGCAUGCUGCGGUUUACGAAAGUGGAAGCGACAUUAUAAUUGUCGGCAGGGGAAUAUAUGGCAAAGGUGACGAUGUGGAGGAGAUGAAGAGGCAAGCCGAGCGGUACCGACAGGCGGGAUGGGAAGCGUAUCUCUCGCGGCUUCAGACCAUCGCACAGUAA